AUGGUUGAUCCACACGAGCUUGGGCCAAUGCGGCUCGUUGCUCCCUUCGCGUUGGAUGUCACGUACUCUUUUUCUCAACUUGAGCUUGACCCUGAUCCCGUCGUCAUGAACGCUGCCGCCAAGGGUGAUAAGGCCUCUGCCGAAUCCAAAUAUCCUAUUGCGAUUGAACACUACACCCACGCCCUAAGCGAGCUACCCCGCGCUCCGGCAUACUACAUUUCGCGAUCAACCGCCUAUUCGCGCCUCAAGCCUGCAGAUGGCGGACCCAACUACCAGGCUGCACUCAAAGAUGCCGAAAUCGCACUCCAGCUCGCCAAAGAGCGUGGAAACCGUGAACUGAUCCUCUCCGCGCAGAUGCGCCGUGGCGUGUCGCUCUUCCAACUUGAGCGGUAUGGAGAUGCAGCAUUUGUCUUUGACAUCAUCGCGAAGAAAACUAAGAGCGGGAAAGUGCCAGAGAACAAGUCAGAGCAGGUCCAGGCUGCCAUGGGAGGAACAGGGUCCGGAGGGGGAGGUACCAGAAACAACUACAGCGCCCAGAUGCCGAUUUGGACUGCCAAAAUUGAACGCAAGCUGGCAGAGCUGCCUAAGGACGAUCCAAAGUGCACUGUAUCUGUUACAGAGUUCCCAUCUUCCACUUACAUUCCUACGGGAGAGGAAGUGAAGGCACAGUGGAAGGCUCUCAAGGCUGGCAACAACGUCGAGGUGACCGAAGCUUCGCAGCAUCCUGAGCCUGAGCCGGAGUCUGAGCUACCAGCGGAAUCGACCCUUUCUGCGGCUGAGGCUGCUUUGUUUGCUCGACUUCAAAACUCAAACACUAGCGCCACGGCUACUCCUACUGCCCCGGAAAAGGUUCGCCACGAGUGGUAUCAGUCACAGGACUCCGUCGUUGUGACUCUUUAUGUCAAGGGAAUCCCAAAGGACAGUGUCGUAGUUGAAAUGGAAGAAAGCUUGGUCUCGCUGCAAUUCCCCCUCCCAUCUGGCUCUGAAUACGACUUUACCCUCGACCCGCUGUAUGCGGCUAUCAAUCCUGCCGAAUCUAAGGUUUCAGUCAAGGGCACCAAGAUUGAGCUUAACCUGCGAAAGAAGACGGCCGGCCAGAAAUGGGGUGCUCUCGAAGGCUCAACCACCAACCCCACUGAGAUUACCGACCGUCCAGCCGAUCAAAAGGCGCCAGCUACCGCAGGCCCUUCUUACCCCACUUCGUCACGCCAUGGAACUAAGGAUUGGGACAAGGUUGCAUCCUCUCUCACUGGAAAGAAAUCAAAGGGCAAGGCAGAAGCUGAUGGUGAUCUAUCGGAUGACGAAGGUGGUGAUGCUGUCGACGGCUUCUUCAAGAAGUUGUAUGCUGGCGCUGAUCCAGAGACGCGCCGAGCUAUGAUCAAGAGCUACACCGAAAGCCAGGGAACAUCCCUGAGCACGAACUGGUCUGAAGUCGCGAAGGGAAAGGUCGAACCUCACUCUGAAUAA